CGACUUUCUGAUUCGUGAGAUACAAAUACCUUCGUACCCAUCAUCCAUCUCUUCUUUCAUCUUCAAUUAGAUCAAGAAGAGCCAUCUCCAUUAUCAAUCAUGUCUGCUGACGCUGCACCCACACCUUUGUCCAAGGUCGACUCUGCUGUCCAAGGUCUGUCGUCGAGUCCCCCCAAGGAGGAGAAGGCCGCAAAGCGAAGACAGAGCUCGGUGGCUGCCGCCGGUGUGUUCAACAUCAAGGACUUGGAGGAAGAGGGAACUAAGCUUGAGAUUGCGAAGGAGACACAAAAGCUGAACUGGCGUAUCAACAAGAGUCCGAUGAGCUUAGAAGAGCCAGAGAAGAGUGCACUCAAGAAGAUGCUCACCACCCCACCAAUCAAGAAGAUUGACCUACACUUCCCUCUCGGACUGGAGGUGACUGCGCGGAACCUGAAGGGCGUUACCAUCAAGGAUGCGUUAGACGCAAUCUACAAGCAAUAUCGGAAGAAGGCCGACGAUGAACUCGAGACCCCCGUCCUAGCAGGUUUCGAAUGGGACCCCGAAGAAUCCUGGACCCGUCUGAUCGUCCACUGCAAGAAGGAAGGUGCACCACAACCCAAGAAGAAGGCCAAGAAGGGUGAAGCUGCAGAGGAACUCUAGUUCUUCACAGAAGACCACAACACCGCUCCAUCAUGUCUCCCUCGCUCGAUAGACUAGAGCUUCAUUUGCGUUGAUUUGCUGGCUGGGUUCCUGGUGAUAGGGUUUUCUUUUCCACAUGGCAGGCUUGCCGAAU